AGCCGCCAUGAAGGGAGUGUUUGACAUUUUGGGUGUAUACGAAUCCAUUCAAGAAGAUUGAAGCAAAACCAUCAACACUAGAAAAGCAGGGCAAAAUAUAAAACCCAGAAAUGGAAGAAGGAAAAGGAAGAGUUUGUGUAACAGGAGGCUCAGGAUUCGUUGGCUCAUGGAUCGUCAAGAGACUACUUGAGGAUGGUUACACUGUUCAUACCACUGUUAGACCUGAUCCAGAUGCCAAGGGGGAUUUGAGCUUCCUCACAAAUCUUCCAGGAGCAUCUGAAAAGUUAAAAAUUUUCAGUGCUGAUCUGAGCGACCCAGAGAGUUUCAAUGAAGCAAUUGAAGGGUGUUUUGGGGUGCUCCACACUGCCACUCCAUUUGACGUAGAAUUGAACGAAGCAGAGGAAGUGGUGACCCAAAGAAGCAUUGAUGGAGCAUUAGGGAUUCUGAAAGCAUGUCUGAAUUCAAAGACAGUGAAGAGGGUUGUGUACACUUCCAGUGCUUCUGCUGUUUAUCGGCAGCAGAAAGAAGAUGAUGUGAUGGAUGAGAGUUUUUGGAGUGAUGAAAAUCUUCUCAGAGAUUCGAAGCCCUUUGCUUGGGCGUAUUCAAUUUCUAAGACAUUGACAGAGAAAGCAGUUCUUGAAUUUGGAGAAAAGCAUGGCUUGGAUGUUGUCACUCUCAUUCCUACUUUUGUUCUUGGACCCUUCAUCUGUCCCAGACUCCCUAGCUCAGUUUAUGUCACUCUCUCUUUCUUAUUUGGUAAGAAGAAUCCAUUUGGUGCCUCUCGUAUUCAUAUGGUACAUGUUGAUGAUAUUGCGCGAGCACAUAUCUUCCUUCUUCAUCAUCCUAAUCCAAAAGGGAGGUAUAAUUGCUCACCAUUCAUUGCAGAUGUUGAAGAAAUAGCAGAACUUCUUUCAGCCAAAUACCCGAAUUUUCAAAUAUCAGUAGACGAGGUGAAGAAAUUUCAUGAUGUCAAGCUUCCACAUUUAAUCUCCAAGAAACUUAUGGAUGCUGGAUUUGAGUUUAAGUAUAGCAUGGAGCAAAUGUUUGUAGAUGCAAUUGAAUGUUGCAAGCAAAAUGGUUAUCUAUGAACCACGACUAAUAAAUAUGCAUCAACUUAUAUUUAUGAAUUACAAUAAAUACUAUUUCUAUAA